AUGGACGGCGACGUUUCGGACCUUAUGAUGAGUCCUUUGAGUGGCAACGAGAGAGACGACUUCGGGAAGUCUCCCGGACAGAGAGGCGUUCUGUUGCUUGAUCGGACGAUGCAAAGGAACCGCGACUCUACCAGCCGCCUGCUACAGCUCCCGACUGAAUUACUUGCCGAUAUUGUGGAGCUUCUCGCCGACGAUCACGCCGCCUUGGCCAAUCUGGCGCUGGUCAACACAGAGUGUAGACAGCUCGCUCGCACGAGACAAUUCUGCUCGAUACGCUUCGAUUAUGGUGACAACUGUCGCAGUCUGCUCGAGCACCUUCUGAAAGAGGUCACGGAGCGGAGGCACGCAGGGCGCUCCACAUCUCAGAUCGACAGUAACGUUGCCAGGAAGCCACCUAUCUCGACCUGUGUCAGACGUGUGACCGUUGCUUCCAGCCCAGUUUGGGUAGCAGCUUACCAUAACGAACUCUAUCAGUCAAUCUUCGGCGAGUCCGCCAGAUCAAUAAGCCGAGAAGAACGCAAAGCUUUGCAGACUCAAGCGAAAAACGGCUAUACUGCCUAUCGAGAUCGGCUUCUCGUAGCCAUAGCCACAGCCCUGCCAAAUAUAGAGAGCCUCGCUUGGCAUGAUAGGCACGAGGUCAACCAAGGGUUCUUCUCGAUGCUUAGAGUCACCUCUCUCCAGCAUUUGAAGUUGUCACGAGUGCCGGUACUUACCCCCCUCGUAUUGACGGGUCCGCUGUGGCCACUCCGGUCACUACACCUCAACGUGUGUACGCCCUUCCGGCGUAGUGUCGACAGCGGCGAUGAAGAUGUCGAUCCGUAUGAGUUGGCAGACUUUGUGGACUCUGUGCUUCGACUUUGCGCACCUAGUCUCGAUUACCUGUACCUUGGAUCCUCUGGACUACCAACUUUCAUGUCGAGGGAGGUCUUGAGCUUUCCUCGCCUGCGAACCUAUCGAAAGUCGUGGAAUGCACGCAUUGCAUCAGUGACCCUUCCCGCAGUUCUCACUGCUUCUCUGACAGAGCUCGAGCUUGGCGAGUGUAAUACUGCACAGAUAUCCAAGCACAUGGCCGUCAUGGAAGGUUGUCAGCCAUGUGAGCGCCUGGAAACCCUGGUGUGGUCCAAAGUUGAUGGAGAUAAUGUUGACGCCACGACCAGCUUCCUCACCAAGCACAAACAGAUACAAAAACUUUACAUCGAACGUUCUGCACACAAGGAGCUAGAACAGUAUGUUGUGCCGCUGCUAUCCUCUGGAGCAUUCAAUAGUCUGACAUCUUUGUCACUCUCUUGGGAGCCUGUCAACAACAGGGUGAAUCAGAUCAACCAGACCAUCCCACCACAAGUGGUCAAGAUCCCUAUCGAGUCGUUGGCGGCCAUCGGGACCAUGACCACGCUGCGGCAAUUAUGUCUGGAGGCUGGCGAAUUUGCUGGGUGGCGAUGCCAAUGGCUUGUUGAUCACGACGCUCUGCGGACCUGUCUUCGGACACUUCAGCAAUUGAGGAAGCUGGCCUUGAGUCGUGAUUCGUACCAGUUCAAGGAUUAUUCUCAGGUCGAAAGCUACUACGUAGAUAGGCUACCCUUUCUCAGCGCAGAGGGACGAGAGCGCGAGCGGCCAGCCCUAGAUUCCAGCAUGUGUUGGUUCGAAGCUGUGGAGCGACGAAAGGCUGAAGCUGACGAGGAAGCCAGGCGUGGGAGUGAUGGAACGGCCCACAGAAAGUACGGCGAUCCCCACAGACAAGUCGCCAAAGUAGGUGCUGAUGACUAUGACUCCCUACCGCAAGAAGAGCUCUGGGAACUCUGUCAUCGCAACUUCAUUCUUGAGGAGACCGAGAAGCAUGCUGCCGUGCUGCCGCGGCUUUCCUGGAUGUAUGCUGGGCAGUGGCCGAUGAACAUCAGGCGUGCUGACAAUGGCUUGCCUUCUGAGGCGGUGCCUUGCACCGAUCAAAGAGAUUCUUGCUACACUUUGCUUCGCUCAACGUUCGGCCUUCCGGACGCAUGA